UAUGCGGAUGUGUAAUGACGCGCAAUUUUUAGACAAAUAACAAUGUUGUUUGUAUUUUAAUAAGUUAUUUAUUCAAAAAAAUGUGUGCAAACUAUUAACACUGAGUGAAUUUGAAGUGAAUUUAUAUUGUAAACAUCGGCUUACGUUUAAGCUAACAUUUCUUUAAAAGCGAUGUUGUGGCAAAUAGGAGUCGUGGUCCUGGUAAUUCUACUGAUUAAAAACUUCCUGCACCAUGAGCAGUCCUCACUAUCCAAGCUUCCUGGUCCUCCAAAACUGCCAAUUUUUGGAGAUGCCCUUAGCUUCAUUUGGCUUACACAAGAGCAAAUGUUUAAAAAGCUAGUACAGUUGCAAUACCUAUAUGGACACAGAGUCGUAGUAAAAAUAUUCAAUAAAUAUGUUUUACAACUAUAUGACCCGAAGGAUAUCGAGAUUAUUCUGACACACACCAAAAAUAUUGCAAAGAACAAGCCAUACGAGUUUAUGACGCCUUGGCUCGGCACUGGCCUUUUGAUUAGUUCAGGAUCAAAAUGGCAUAAGCGUCGUAAAAUAUUGACACCAGCAUUCCACUUUGAUGUUCUUAAGAGCUUCGCGAGGGUUUUCGAGGAAUCUAGCCGGGUGAUGGUGAACGAGCUGAUACAGCAGCUGCAGAAUGGACACGAUGUGCUAAAUGUGAUGCCCUUCAUCAGUGAUUUUACACUUAGUACUAUUUGCGAAACUGCAAUGGGAACAAACUUAAAUAGUGAUAAAAUUGACGCAAAUAGAUUGGAAUACAAGCAAUCCAUUCUAGACAUCGGAACUCUAAUUAUGAUACGUUUAACAAGAUUUUGGUUGCAUCCCGCAUUAAUAUUUAAUAAUCUACCGAUUGGGAAAAGAUUUAAGAAAUGUCUUCAAGAUAAUAAUUCAUUUACGGACAGAGUUAUAGAAGAGAGAAGGAAGAAAAGGAGAGACACAGAAGUAGAGGUUAAUGGUGGUAGAAGAAGAAUGAUGUUGCUUGACCUAUUACUUGAUGCUGAAAGUAAAGGUGAAAUCGAUUUAAGCGGGAUAAAGGAAGAAGUGAAUACGUUUAUGUUUGAGGGUCACGACACCACAGCAAUGGCGUUAACGUUUGGCUUGAUGCUGUUAGCCGACCACGAGGAAGUGCAGGAUCUUAUACACGAUGAGUGCAAAAGUAUAUUUGGUGAUUCAAUGCGAACUGCAACUUUGAGCGAUCUGGCUGAGAUGAAGUAUUUGGAGGCCACUAUAAAAGAGAUACUGAGGCUGUACCCGAGCGUGCCCUUAAUUGGGAGGACAAUUGAAGAAGAUUUUAUGUUGGGUGACAUCAAAGUGACAAAGGGUGUUGAAGUGAUGCUCCACAUCUACGACCUCCAUCGUCGCGAGGAUCUGUUCCCUGAGCCCGAGCAGUUCAGGCCUGAGCGGUUCCUGAGCGGGGAGAAGAUGAACUUCACAUUCAUACCGUUCAGUGCUGGACCUAGAAACUGUAUAGGGCAGCGCUUCGCGAUGCAAGAGAUGAAGUACAUGCUGAGUGAGAUGGUCCGACACUUCAAGUUAUUCCCCACUGUCAAGAACUUCAAGCCAACCAUGAAAGUAGACCUGGUCCUCAGAACCGAUGAUCCUAUCCGCAUUAAGUUAGCUCUGCGAUAAAGAAAUACUGCUCAUUGGGAUCCUAGACCUAUAUAAUAAUAAUAAUGUAUGUAUAGUAUUUGAUAAUAAAUAUGUAUCUACCUAUAAUAAGGAAUGCUUUAUCUACAUUCACUCAGCAGAAUGUGUAUUUAUUUAUUUUA